AUGAUUUGGAUAUUUAUAAAGAAGAAUUUAAGCGUAAAUAUCCUAAAAGGAAAGGUUUUAAAAACUAGAUUGUUAUUAAUAGGUGAGCAGAAAGUAGGUGCUAGUAUUGUAAAAUGGGGUAUAGGAACAAUUGUAAUGUGCUUAAUUCCAUUGAUUGGGCUAAUAUUUCCUAUAAUAGCCUUGGCUAAAAAAAAUGUAGAUUUUCCUGAAUUCUUAUCUUCUUUGAAAACUCAAAUACCUUAUUUAAGUUCCGCAUUCUUCAUAACAUAUUGCACUAUAUUUAUAUUAAUUAUUUUUUACAUCUUCAUUAAAAUUGUUAAAUAUGAAAGACUAGAGGCUGGAAAGGGUAAAUUGAAUCUAAGGGAAUAUUGUACUUUGUCCAAAGAUAUUUUUUUGCCUAAAAGUUAUUCGUAA